AUCUAGUAAGUAAUACCUUUUACCCAUUCCCCGUCGAAACAACUUACCUCCUUCCAUCUAGUUUAGGAUUCAGGAGACAGAGUUCACAAUUACCUUCUUCUGCGCACAACCACAAUUAGCUAGACGCUAAGCAGAAUCCAAUUCAUUGUGCCUAAAAUAUCAAUUGGCAUCCUUUCUCACAACACCAGCAUGACUUCUUCAGACCUUUACUUCAUCAAACAGCAAUUCACCCUCGGUGCAUACCCCGCCCUCAUAUCACUCCCACUUCCAGACUCCUCUUCUUCCGACUACUCCCAAACUCUUCUUUACAAGGUCCGCGCACACCUCGCCCUGGGGGACACCGCAUCGGCACUCGCCCUCGUCCCUAGUGACACGGAGAAUGUUGCCCUCCGAGCGGCCGCCGCACUCGCAAGGGGUGAAGAAGGCCUAGAAACACUCCGCGACCUAUGCGUAGAGACAGAAGAUGACGAAGACUCUGAAGAAUGGGAGAAAGAAAUGGUCAAAGUACUAGCAGGAACUGCAUUCGUUCGUGCGGGCGAAAUAGAAGAAGCGCUCGAAACCCUAGGCGGAGAAGGGAAAGCUGGCGAUGAACCAGCUGCGCUGUUAUCUCAGAUAUACCUUUCAUUAGCUCGUCCAGCACUCGCACAGAAGGUCCUUGCACCUGCAUUGAAAGCCAACCCAGAUUCACUCGUCCUACAACUAGCAGAAUCAGCCAUCUCCCUCGUAACAGGCUCACAAGGCACAAGCGGUGAACCAUACGCACCCGCACUCUCUUUCUACAACGAGCAAGUAGCAAACCCCUCCAUCUCCUCUGCCGCUCUUCUCGUCGGCAGAGCAGUAGUCCGUAUCCUCCGUGGCGAACUCUCUCCUGCCCAGAGCGAUCUGGAAGAAGCAGAAUCAAUCCUCUCGCGUGCCAAAUGCGAGCAAGGAACGAGCGACAUGCUCGCUGCUAUGGUCGUAGCUGCCGGCUUGAGUGGCAGCAAAAAGGGCGAAGCUGAUGAACUAUGGAGCCGCUUGUCGACCCAGCACCCUUCCCAUCCCUUGGUUGCAGAUAUCAGUGCUAAAGAAGUUUUGUUUGAUGAAUAUGCUUCCAAGUUUGAAGUUCCUUCGAGAGCUAUUGCUGUGGUUUAGAGAUAUCAAAGGUUGUGUAGAUGCGUCAUUCCCCCAUGUACAGCACCGUUCUUGUUGAUGCCAUAAGAACAUCCCGGCGGAACAGAAAGACUGAUCGGUUCACAUUCCCCAAACAACGUGACAUCAAACUUCUAGUCAUUCAUAGAGCAGCACGGAAAUGAGCUCCAGAUCGACAUGUUCGUGAAUCGAUCAGACACAAGUCAUCCUUGAAGCUUGAAAACAUGUCGUGCCUUCAACAUAUAUGUGGAAAUGGCUUUGCCGCGCUUCGUAGUCAAACUGCGGAAAGUUGUGCAAAAGGCAGUACUGUGAUUCAUCAAGACUAUGCGCUUAUUGUGAAUGAUUAAAGUAAAAAGUGGCUGAAAAAAAACCCGAUCCGCCGA